AUGGCUGCUGUUAAAGGUCCCGUCGUUGCGACAACGACAUUGCCUCUGUCUCAUGGAAAUACCGCGGUGUAUAGUCCUCGAAUCGUCGAGCCGAGUCCCACGUCGAAACCAACACCCCGGAGCCGACCAGCCUUUGAGAUUGAAGAGCAUCCCAUUGACCAAGUGCGACCGAUCAAAGUUGGUGUCAUCGGCGCCGGUCUGGCCGGGGUGAACGCCGGGAUUCUACUUCCUGCGAAGCUGCCUGGACUGGACCUGAGGAUCUAUGAUAAGAAUGCAGACGUGGGUGGCACUUGGUUUGAAAACACCUACCCCGGCGUGCGAUGCGACAUUCCAGCCCACGUAUACCAGUCAGGCUUUUCGCCCAACACGCAAUGGACCGAGGAGUUUGCUCAAGGCGCGGAGAUCCGCAACUAUUGGCAGAGCGUGGCGCGCAAGUACGACGUCUACAAGUAUCUCCGAUUUCAGCAACGGGUCGAGAAGGCCGAGUGGAUUCCCCAGCUGGGCAAAUGGCGUGUUACUCUGCGGGAUCUGAAGGAGGACAAGACUUACAUAGAGGAGUUGGACGUGGUCAUCAAUGCGAUCGGCCACUUUAACGCCUGGCAACUGCCGAACUACGAGGGAAUCGACCAGUUCCAAGGACCUUUAUUCCAUUCCUCCAACUGGCAACACGACGUGGAAUUGAACGGCAAACGCAUUGCCCUGAUCGGCAACGGGGCCUCCGGUCUGCAGGUGCUGCCAUCCAUCCAACCCAUCGCCGAGCAUGUCGAUCACUACGCGCGCAAUCGCACCUGGGUGGCCGACUCCUUCGGUACUACCGGUGUGCGCCGUCUGGAACCCAAUCUGUUCACACCGGAGCAGCUCGAGUCGUUCAAGGACUCGAGAAAAUACAAUGAGUAUCGCAAGUCAAUCGAGCAGGGCUACUUCUCCCGCUUCGGCGCCGUGUUCAAGAACUCGGCGGAGAACCAGGAACUGCGCGACAAAUGGACGCAGCUGAUGCUGGGACGCAUUGGGGAGAAGCCCGAGCUGGGAGAUAAGCUUAUUCCUGAAUUCCCGCCGAACUGUCGUCGUCCGACGCCGGGCCCGGGUUAUCUCGAGGCUCUGACCAAGCCUAACGUGAGCUACAUCCAGGCCCAUAUCCAAAGGUUUACACCCACGGGUAUCGUGACUGCCGACGGUGAAGAACGCCCAGUGGAUGUGGUGAUAUGCGCUACCGGUGCGAAUGUCGACCAUGCGCCCCCAUUCUCCAUCAUCGCCGAUGGCAUCGACUUGAAGACGGCAUGGAAGCAUGACGGGCUCUGGGGAUUCCCUUACAACUACCUCGGCGUCGCUACCCCCGGCUUUCCCAAUCUGCUCUGGAUUGGAGGUCCCCACUCUACAGGCCACGGGGGCAGCGUGCCCAACAGCCUCGAAAACCAAAUCACAUAUAUCGCCAAGGUCCUGCGCAAACUGCGCAACCAGGGGAUCAAAACCAUUGCCCCCUCGAAAGCCGCAACUGACGAUUUCGUGGAAUACUGCGAUACCUUCUAUCCUCGCACCGUAUGGACAGGUAACGACGACUCGACUCCUGGUCAGAAGAACUGUCGCUCGUGGUAUAACGGUGGUCGCCCCGGAGGCCGAAUCCACGGAUUGUUCCCCGGAAGCGCUGCCAGUCUGAACUAUCUCCGCCGAGACCCGCGCUGGGAAGACUGGGAGUACGAGUAUACCAACCCCAGCGGCAACCGCUUUGCGUAUUUUGGAAAUGGAUGGCGGACGCGAGAGAAGACGGAGGGCGCGGAUUUGACGCCGCAUGUGGUCCGGCCGGAGGAGAUUGAUCUGAGGACGUAUAUGGAGGGCUGGUGGGAUGUGUAG